AUGAAGUCCGUCAUCGCUUUCACCUCCGCCUUCUUGACAGCCCUCCACCUCGCCGCCGCCGCUCCCACAGUGGCCGCCAGAGCGGAAACCGUAUCCGUUUCCUACGACCCCAAAUACGAUGUGCGCGAAUCGUCUCUGACGACCGUAGCCUGCUCAGACGGAGAAAAUGGUCUGAUCCCUCGCGGAUACAGCAACUUUGGCUCUCUGCCAAACUUCCCCAACAUCGGUGGUGCCAUUACCAUUCCGUCCUGGAACAGCCCUAACUGUGGCAAAUGCUACCAGCUGCACUACUCCAACGGCAAGAUCGACAAAACCAUCAAUGUCCUUGCCAUUGAUGCCGCCCCGGGUGGCUUCAACAUUGGCCUCCAGGCUAUGAACACCCUGACCAAUGGCCAGGCUGUACAGUUGGGCCGUAUUUCCGCCACUUACGUUGCAGUGGAUGACAGUGUGUGCGGAAUGUAA